AUGCUCAACAAAAAGACUCUCUCCCUUAAAAUGAACAAGUCGUUCGUGUUGCCGUCCGACGCUCCAUUUACCCCUGUCGACCAGACCCUCCGCACCCCUGUGGACCCUCCAAAUAACGCGUCAUCCUACUUCCCCCAACCUCCAAACCACUCGCUCUACAGCAACCCCCAAUACAACGAGAGCGAUGAUAUCUUAACCGACGUGGACGAACCCUCGUCAAAGGUCAUGCGCAGUUACUCGGUGGCGUUCACGCCGCUGUUUGACUCGUUGGUGUUGAACAUCUACUCGCAUAUCUUGUCUCUUCCGACCACCACGCCGUUUCUGGGAGCUGUGCCGCCCUCGGGCUUGGUUUCUCGUGUGGCAAAUGAGACUUUUCAUAGCCUUCUCAAGAACACCGCCGCUGAUAGCUCAGUGGUGUACGAUACCCAAAGUAUGUUGAGUCUUGACCAUUUGAGAAACCAUGCCUACCAGCCCAUCUUCUUGCAGUUGAUUCGUAAGCGCUUGAUCGACUUGUGUACCGUGCAACGUGCUUCCAAUCUGCUGCUUCCCCAAUUCACAUCCGUGCAAGUUCCUGUUCCGCUUGGAGCUCCACCUGUCUCGGGUCAGACUGGUUCCGCCAAUGGUAUCUGUAACGGGGCUCCAUACAGUAACAAUGCCAACGGUUACAAUGGAGGCAAUGCUGCGGCCUCGCAUGCCGUUUACAAUGGAGGAGGAUUGCGCCAGCUGUCCAUCUCCAAUUUGCUGUUGAAUGAGCAAAACGUGUCAAACUACAACCAACUGCUGGCCCAGGUGGCCCAGGUGGCUGCUCUCAAUAACUCGCGCCUGCGUCUGUCUUCGCUCAGCUUGCGCAAGCACUCUCUCACAAGAAACAACUCGUAUACUGGUUCCAAUUGGUUGCAUGUGGGGAACGUGCAGAACAUCCGUUCCAGUGGGGCCAAUGGGUUGGGUAUGAAUCCUGACUUCUGUGCAUCCAAUGAAUCUCUCCAGCUGAUGCAUGAUUACGUGCCACAGGCAUUUAUCCGUCUGGGGGCGCUGCUGUCAAACCUCACCCAGACAGCCCCUAAUUGGAACCAAAAUACUCCAUCCACGGGCUUCAACUCCAUGAUGCUCGACUAUCACACUCCUCCAAGCUCUGUCAAGAGUUCCAUUCUGCUGGGAAGUACGCCGCCAUCCGUGGUGGGAAAUCGUGACACCAUUUGCUUGAACUCGCUGGGGGCAGCUGCAGAGUACGAGGAGUUCACCCAGCUGCUAAUGCGCUCACGCUCCUCGAGCCGUGGUAAUGUGGGUGGUCUGUUCCCCAAGCCCCUCACCAUUAACACCGACACAUCCAAUUUCGUGCUGAGCAUGAAUCAUGGAAUGCCACAUGGUGGCUCUAAUGGCGCAAAUGGCCAUAUCAACAAUGGAAACAAUGGGGCUGUUCUUGGCGAGACGUUGAACUCUCCAUUUGUUUCCGCAACAAUACCCACCGAAGAUGUGGGGUACUUCGGCUCGAAUGGGCACUUCUCGGGACUCGGAAACGUUCUGCCUGGUCUUGGUGGAUUAAGAAGUGGACCUUUGAUUCCUGAGAGCCCUGCAAAGGACUCGCCUAUGGCUAACGGCAACAACAAAAUCAACUUGCCUGGUCAGUACAGUUUAAGCGAGAAGAAGAGAGAUAGCUUGAAGCUUAAGAGAGGUAUCCAUUAA